AUGAAAAGCAUGGCAGAUAUUGACGAGUGUGAAACAGAUCCAGGUAUCUGUGGUCCUGAGGCGGUCUGUGAAAAUACUGUUGGGUCCUACACUUGUACAUGCUAUGUGGGAUACUCUGUCAGUCCAGAGGGAUCCAUGGCCAGUGCCACUAACCCCUGCCAAGGUCCGAGUUUCUCCAGCUCUGCCCAGGCUUUGCAGAUGUCCAUGCUGAACAGCAUCCAGCAAGACAUUAUGAACAGCACCAACAUAAGUCUACCUCUGGAGGCUGUAAGCAACAUCUUGGAAAUGACUGUGAACAUGUCAGCCAACGUUGUCAGUAACAGUGGGGAGGGUGGUGGAAGUGCAGAAGUAGGCAGUGUGCUGCUGAAGAUCUCAGAGAAACUCGUGUCCACCUUUGUACCACACACCCAAACCCCGUUCAACAAGACCAUGAAGACACCUGUUUUGGAAGCUGACAUUCAAACUAUAGGUCCAGAAAGACCUUCGAACCUGACUGCAGUUCAUUUGCUUGCGGUGAAGGAAAACAUAGUGUCAAUUAACCUUUCAGCAGUUGCAGAUAAAAGCAAUGGAUCAGCAGCUCUGAUGUUCAUGUCCCUGACUGGAUUAGACACAUUCCUGAGUGCCCAGUACUUUAAAUCCGAGAAUGCCACGCAGAUGUACUCUGAUGUCGUUUCUGCCACCCUACUUUGGACAAAUAACACAGGCCUUCCAGAGCCUGUCAACUUCACCCUCCACCACAAGGUAGGGCCCUCAGAGAAUGGACUGGUGACUUGUGUGUACUGGGAAGAGAGUGGUGAUGUGAAGCACUGGUCCACAGAGGGCUGCAUGGCCAUCGUCUCGGAUGGAAACAGCACCAUCUGCACCUGCACCCACCUAUCUACCUUUGCUGUCAUCCUGCAGACUGAGAAGGCAGUGCAAAAAGAGGACCCUUUGUUGGAGUGGGUCAACCUGGUCUGCAUGUGUGUUGGCCUGACAUUCCUUGGUCUUGCUGUCCUCACCUUCCUCUUUUGCACCUGGAACCCAAAGGUCAACAAUACAGCUCGUCUCCACCUCAGUCUCACCCUCUUCCUGGCCUACCUGCUCUUCCUGGUGGGCCUGAAUCGCACAAAUAAUGCACUUGUGUGCUCUGCUAUAGCUGGGCUGCUGCACUUUCUGUUCCUGUCCAGCUUUGUGUGGAUGUUCCUGGAGACACUGCAGCUCUUCCUAUUGGUCAGGGGUCUGACCAAGGUACAGGCCAUCCAGAAGGAGGGGCUGAAGAAGCGUUACCUUUUGCUCAUAGGCUAUGGUACUCCCCUAGUUGUGGUGGGAGUUUCGGCGAGAGUCUUACCUUCCGGUUAUGGCAGUGGAGAUAAGUGCUGGCUAAACACUGAAAAGGGCUUCAUAUGGAGUUUCUUAGGUCCAGUAUGUGUUAUUCUUUGUGUUAAUUGCGUCCUGUUCUGUGUAAUUCUCUGGACCCUACAGCCAACACUAACCAGUAUGAAGAGUGGUAUUUCCCAGGCAAAGGAUACCAGACUGAUUGUUUUCAAAAUCCUGGCCCAGUCCAUCAUCCUAGGCUGUGCUUGGAUCCUGGGAUUCUUCCAGAGCAGCACUUUGUUGCAGUACCUCUUUGUCAUUGUCAACUCGCAGCAAGGGACCUUCAUCUUCAUCGUCCACUGUUUGUUCAACAAGGAGGUACGAGAGGAGUAUGUGAAGUGGCUUGCAUGCUUGUGCAGAGUGGAGAGGCCAAAUGAAAGCCCACAGCCCUCUGUUUCUACAUAUUCUGCCAGGGACUGUGUGGUAACAGACUGA